AAUAAAUAUUCAAUUAGCAAUAAGCAUUAAAGCUUGUACAACAACAACAACAAUAAUCUCAGGGAGAGUGAAAAUUUUGUGUGAUUAAGGAAGGGCUCUGAGAAUCGAGAAAGAGUAAUCCUACUGGUGAUGAUGAGGUUCAAGAAAGGGAGUAAAGUGGAAGUAUUGAGUAAAAAGGAGGUACCUUCAGGCUCCUGGUGUUGUGCUGAGAUCAUCUGUGUUAAUAGUCACAACUACACUGUCAGAUAUGAUGGCUGCAAGGUUGCCAAUGGUGGGACCUUUGUGGAGAGCGUAUCCAGAAAGGCCGUUAGGCCUUGCCCUCCUCCACUUGAAGUUUCUGAGAACUGGGUUGCCGGUGAUGUUGUGGAGGUGUUUGACAACUUUUCCUGGAAAAUGGCAACUGUUUCACAGGUUUUGAGGGAAAAUCACUUUUUAGUCAGGUUGCUUGGAUCCUCUCUGGAAUUUGAAGUCUUCAAGUUUGACAUCCGGGCGAGACAGUCUUGGCAAGAUGACAAAUGGGUUGUGAUAGGAAAGGGUUCUGGCUCUUUUGAAGAUGAAAAACGUGAUAAAAAUUCAACUCUGAAGCGCAAGCUAAAAUUAAGCUUUCAGAAUAAAAACACAAGGAUGAAUCUACGUGUAAAAGAUGAUCAUUUCCCUGUUAAGAACAGAUUUAAUUUCCAGGAGUCCCACGUUGUUUCUUCCAAAACUUUGAAGAGAGGGUCACCCUAUUGCUAUUCUCAAGCUGAAGAGUAUACUGGAGUUUCCAUGAAAUUUAGAGCAACAGAAAAAGAAGGCAGGUGCCACCGAGUGGAGGCUGCUAAUUCGUCCACUCUGCCCAUGCAGGCAGAUGCUGUUGCUUUCCCAAGAAACAUGCAGGGUGAAAACUUCAAAAAAGCUUCCCCUAACAACAGAACAACUGGGAUUCCUGAAGUGGACGUUGCAAGGAGGAGACAAACUGGCACUGUGGGGUGUUCAUUUGCAAACAUAGAAUCAAAUUAUGCUGAUGAUGUUACAUGCUCUGUUGGUAGUUGUAGCAUUACUAACAACAGUUCCUAUAAGGUGCCCCAUAAUGUUUCUACAGGUUGUAUUAAGGAUGGUGAUUUUCAUUCUAGUGAUGCUGAAUCCUCUUUUUGGUGGAAAUAUGAGGAAGGAAAUUGUCUCCUUCCUACAAAAGGGGAACUAGCAGCUGAAAUACAUAGGUUAGAGUUGCAUGCCUACCGUUGCACUAUAGAGGCAUUGCAUGCAUCAGGACCUUUAAGUUGGGAACAAGAGGAAUUGGUGACAAAUCUUCGUCUUUCACUCCAUAUAUCAAAUGAUGAACAUUUAAUGGAGCUAAGAAACUUAAGUUCUUCUCCCUGCAUUCGAAUUAGAUGACAAGAAAAUCUGGGAAACUUUUUUUUUUUCAUUUUUACUUUCUUCUUCUACUGUAGGAUCUGAUAAACAUUUGUUUUAAUGGCCUCACUUCAUUGUAAGAAGCAAGAUGAGAUAUUUCCCAUUUUUGUUUUGUUUUGGUUUUAUAAUAAAGAGUGGUCUAGUUUGAAUUGUAUGUACCACAAACUAUGCCAAGUAAUAAAGGUUUCUAUGAUCAUCCUCGUGUAUAA